GUAGAGUCUGAAUGAACAAUUUAGAGAUUGUUGCUGUCAUCAUCCAGACCCUCGCCAUUUCAUUUGGAUAUGCACCGCCUGCGGGAUCGGAUCCCGUUCCCGGGAGAUGCUGUCGGGCCGAGCCGCCGAGCGCGCAUCGAUGCGAAGUGAACAAAGUCAUAAUGCUUUCAUGGAACCUCCUUUGUCAAUCGACCUUAUUACUGCGACAGCCGGCAGUUGGGUUUCUCAAGGCCAUGCCACGCGUCCCCAUCUCCCCGGAUACAUAUUCUACCGUGCCCAAAAUAGAUGCGCGCUCCAAUGGGGAGUGACAUGCAGCAUCGAAAAAAAAAAGAUCUCGAUCUCGGCUGAGGAGCCGUCGUUGGCAUCGAAGCACUGCAGUAGCCGACCCAGCAGGACGGGACCCACAGCGGUUCUGACAUCAGAAUCGUACGAUAUUCUGAGGGCGGACGGUCGAGGCCAGCCACAGACGUGCCUUUCCCCUCAGCCCUAUCAAGAUCCCCAGCGAUCUGGUAAGGCUUGCUCUUCUUGGGUUGGCCCGGGGACAAGGCACUGGAUUCAUCCCAUGUGAAUGAUUCCCUACGGCUGACUUGUGCGAAAUGCAAGGCACCCGCUCCAGAUGUGGAGGUCAUCGGCAUGAAUCAUGAUACCAAGCAUUAAUCCGCCGACACCCGUAAUUGUCCCUAUUCAUAAGCCCUCAGAUGCCCCCGCUUGUCUCAUAUGAUCGAA